AUGAUGAUUGUAUUCGUGUACGACACGCAGUGCUGCGUGUCGGAGGAGGACGACCCCGCUGACGCAGUAUUGUACUUCCACCCUGGAUGGGUGUCCGACACACAGAGAAUGGCUCUUGCUGGACAGGUCGUCGGUGCAGCGCAUUGCAUCAAAUCUCUCUUCUCACAACCGCUGGCAAUCACGCUUCAAAGUGGAAAAUUUAUUAUAAGAGAAUAUGGCAGAUAUAUUUUGGCAAUAGGUAGCGAUCGUAACAUACCAGAUUGGGUGUUAAAGAACCGAGCCAGUCUCCUCACGUCCAUGAUUAGGGUGUACCACGGCGACCUCCAGACCCUCGCAUCCUCUAUGGAAGACCAGAAACGCUUGGCUGAGAAGUUGUACCAAAUAUUCGAGACGUAUUUACCAGUUCUACAAUAUGGCUGCCACAUAUUUCAACGCGUGCCAAUGUUGAGUCUUCCAAAGAGUGCCACAUCAAUUUACAUGGAAUCAAUGCAAAUAUUGGAACACUGUCGUAGGAGUAAAGGUGUAUUGGGUGGAGUCGUGCUAUACAAUAAUAAAAUAAUUUCAACGCAACUGCCGCCUAGUCUCACCUCAUAUUUAACAGUAGUGGAUCCGUACAGAAUAAAGUCUCCGGCGGAGAAUAUAGAGACUGAAGUCCCUUUGCCUUUGGGAGCUCAACUGUUAGUAGUUUACGUCGGAAGAAAAACUUAUAAUAAUUUAAAAAAACAAGCAGAUAAAUUGCAAGAGUUUUAUGAAAAAGGUGAAGAAGUUAUUGCGAAGAUUAAAAAAUUACAAGAAGCGGAAAAAGAAAAAGCGCGAGAACAUCCAACAACUGGUAUGAAAAGGGACAAAUCCUUACUAUUCACUGCCGUACCAGAAGAAGAUCACUCGAUGAUAUCUCCGCCAAAUAAAGAAGAUAAUCCAGGAAUUCAAAGGAAACCAAGCAUGCCAGAUGUCGUACCUUUCACCAACAAACCAAGACCUAGACCAAAUAAAUUAUCUCUAAGUUUCAAAACGCAAAAAUCAUUAGAUGAAGACGCAAAAGAAAAUGAGAAGGUCUUCACAGGACAAACUAGUGUAUGUUCUACGCCAAUGGUGGAAUAUAAAAGGUUACACGGAAAUAUGUUGUCAAUAUGCCAAAACCUUGACGACGAAAAGGCUGAAAUAGAACCUGACGUGCUAAAAAACAUCGAAAACUCAAACGUUCCCGACGAGAAUCGAAACACCAAGGUCGUAUUGGACGGCAAUUGUAUAGGAGAGCAUUUCAUAAACAAGCCAGAGCCGAUAAGAAAAUUGGCAAGUGUUACAGAUUUGCAAGAAUCGCUUAGAAAACUAUCUAAUAGAACGAACUCGAAAACUAAAUUAUCAAAAUCUAAAGUGAACGAAAAUUCGCCAGAACAUAAAACCCAAAAUACAAUGACGAUAAACGAUCCACUUUUCCCAGUAUUUAGGAACGAUGGCGUCGCAAUAUCAGAAUCGUUAUUUAACCAAUAUUUAGAACAAUACUAUUCUGGUAUAAAAAGAAAAUCGAAAGAAGAGAACAUGUUUAAUUUCAACACGAAACUAUGCGAAUUGGACAAGUUCAAAGACUUCGAUUCUGACCUAAUGAAGUCGCCUCAACGGACGCCCAAAAAAGUAGCAAAAGAAGCAAAAACUAUACAGACGGACCAAUCGAGGCGAAAAUCGCUAUCGUUGCCACUGAAAUCGUUGUCGGAGAACUCGGAACAAAAUUCCGAAUCAGAUGCUGUUAGUUUGAAGAAGAAGUUAUCUGGUGUGCAAUUGACACCGUUAAUGGAAAAACUUAGUCAUUUAGCAUUUUCCGACAAAUCAAGCGGCUACAGCAGUAGAGUAAUGACGCCUUUGGAACUGAGGGAAUUCUUAACGCCGGCGCUAGAGAAACAAGUCACGUUCUCUGAAAGAACAAAACAACCCCAGGAUGACAACUCCGACUCGGACGUCGAGUCCAUCGACGCGCUGCCCACGUACAGCGAACGGGCAGUCAAGUGCGCUCUAUUCGUGAGCGGGCUGCACAACAUGGCGCUACUCGCCUUACUUGACAUCGACGCGGCUAACAACACUGACACUAUUAAUGCUUUGUGGGAAACAUCGCUGAACGCGCUCGGUCCCAUCGAGCAGAAGUGUAUGGAGCAGCUUGCCACGGAGACCGACACGUGCGACUACAGCUACCUGGUGCUGGACCCCGACUGGGGCACGGUGAAGAAGGGCGGGCCGUGGGCGGCGCUCGACAUCGCCACCAUGGGCUACAUACACAACGAGUUCGAGGAACAACCCGACCUCACAGAACUUAUAUUGAGGAGCGAGGAGAGCGUGGUGCUGGGCGCGGCGUGCGGGCGCGCGCAGACCUUCUACCAGGAGGCGGGCGUGCGCGCCGCCGGCCCGCCGCCGCCCUCCGACCUGCUCGCCACCGCGCCGUUGCGCGCGCGCCGCCGCCUGCACCGCGACCACUCCGCGCUGCUCUUG